CGCGUUGCUCAUUUGCGAUGGUCACUCCAUCACGCGGAAGUUCCGGUAUUCGAUUGUCCCAUGGACUUGUGGUAGUUGUUUCUGCGCUUGCCAUCUUCCUUCUGCGCCUCGGCAGCUCUUCAUCUCAGAAAGAUGAAGAUUCUAUCGGUGAUAGACCAAUGAAACCAAAGAUUCCGACUCGCAUGGAUGUUUUUAUGGAAGCCCUGUGUGAAGGGACUAACGACGAACAGUGUUACUUGGACAGACUUGAAUACGAAGCCAUUCGAGCAUUGCAUCGCCAGCUUGAUGAUGAUGCCAACGGCGAUGUCGACAUUUCGGAGUCGAACGAUUUUUUGCGUGAAGAGCUGCAGUUGGAAGGUGGAUCUUCAGUGACGAGACAACAAGCAUUCCACAAAAAUGACAAACUCAUAUCAGUCCAAGAUUUAUGGCUAUCCUGGAUCCAUUCCGAGGUUCACAACUGGACUGUCGAUCAAACGAGAGAAUGGCUGGCUGACAAUGUAGACUUGCCACAAUAUGUCGACACUUUCGUCACUUAUCAAAUCAACGGAUCCUUGUUGCCUACAUUGGCCACCAAUAGUCGCUUCAUGACCGAUGUGCUGGGAAUAAGGGAUCCGAUUCAUCGCCAGAAGAUAUCGUUGAAGGCGAUGGACAUCGUAUUAUUUGGUGCUCCGAAAGCGGAACGUUACCACAUUUGGAAAGAAACUAUUCUCCUGGUGCUGUUAUUAUUCACGCUGGCUUGUUACUGGUAUGCCUACCGGGAGAACAAGCGAUCUCAGAAGCAAUUGAAAAGAAUGAUGAUCGAUAUGGAAAGCCUUAGUAAGGCUGAGACCGCUCUGGCGAAUAUGCAGAAGGAAAUGUCGGCGUCGAAGGAAGAAGAUGAGCAAAUCGAACGGACGAAACGAAACGAUCUUGAAAAGAAAAUCAGACGGGAAAUCACGCAAAAGUGUGAUUUGGGUGCUGAUUCGGAGUACACGCUAGAAGAACAAGUGUCGCGGCUGAAAGAAGAACUGACUGUUGUCCGAACUGAAUGGGAAAGAGCUGAGCAGGAACUUUCUGAUAGAUGCUGGUUUGCGCCGCCUGAACUGCAAAACUGGCUGCAACUGACCUUUGAAACCGAACUGAGGUACUUCAAUGCAAAAAAGGCAGCUGCUCAUUCGCAACUGUCACAAGCCAAAGAGGCGUGUGAGAAGCUGAAGAAGCGACGAUCGAAUUUGAUAGGUUCCUUCGUGAGCGCUCAUGGAAAGAAUAUUGAUGACGUUGAUACGACGAUUCUCCAAGCAAAGUCAGCUUUGGUCGAAGUUACGAACGAUUUGCAAGAAAGAAUGAACCGGUGGCAGCAGAUCGAGAGGUUGUGCAACUGUUCUAUCAUUAAUAAUCCCGGUUACAACCAUCUGGAGAUGCUGAUGAGAGGAGGUUCUUCAUUGGGCUCUGGUAGCUACGCGCCGUCAGGUCAGCUUCUUACAUUUUUCGACCGAUUAAAAAUUCCCACGAAACCUUGUGACCAGAAAAGUGUACGCAUAAUAUUGGUUUCCAGGAUGAACGGAAGCCAUCACGGCGAAGAUGAAGACGAUGCUGGCUCCGUUUAUGCGCCAUCAGUCGUUGAGAAACUGGUGUGGAGUUCCGUGCCCAUGUUUAUCCAUCCCGUUCACGGGUCGACAGGCACAGGCGUGAGUCAAGUUGGCCCCCGGGUGCUCGUCAGGAGGAAAAAAAGCACGCAUUCCGGGGUUGAGCCGACGAGUUCGUCUCAGACCAAUGGCGGAAUUCAUCCGUCCAAUACUCAGAUCUCCUUUGAGGCCAUUUGCGGGAACGGCGUCAGGACUGUAGCGAAUGGCGGAGAUGCUUACCUGCACCAAAUCGCACAUGGUUUCCCGCAUUCCAAGUCUUCAAAUGCCAUUGUGGGCAUGAGUGUCAGCGUGCCACGUCGUUCGCCCUCCUCUACGAUGCUUGACCAACUGAAAGAUGUUUCAGAAAGCGAGGCUUUGGACGAAUUUCCUGCGAAUUCGAUCGAAGAUGAUCUUCAAAGUUUGAGAAGGAAGGUUGUGGGAGGAGGAGAGGAGGACGUCUUCGGCGCGUCGUUUUCGUCGCGGCCAAUGUCUGCCGUCGGGCUGACGCGACGUGUUCGCAUGUCGAACAAGUCGCUGAGUCACGACGCCGGCAUGGAGCCUAUCGGCAGUGUGGCAGUCGCCGCCGCCACUGUCGGAAGGGAGGCUUUGCUGCAGCAAAGUCCAGGCAAGUCCCAGUCUGAGUCGGCGCUGGAUGCGAGGGCUCGAGGAGUCCCAGCACCAAAUGGUUCACCGACCGCGACGCGUGGCCUCUCCGGGACUAACACGCGAAGCCAAGCAAGCGGCGACACCUGUGAAACCCUGAGCGCGGGCGAUGGAGAGAAGCCACCCACGCCGGAAGAUGUCGCCUCUCAGACUGAUGCGAAAGCCGUACGCCGCUCCAAGAAGUCCUUGUUCUCGAAACUCGCCCCCAAUCGUCACCGCAAAUCCUCACCUCCGGCUCUGAAACCUUGA